UUCUGAAACAAUCGCCGGGAUCGAGAUUCCGAGGUUAACAAUCGCCGUUGCUCUUCAAAAGAAUCUUGCAAGAAUCAGAUACAAGCGCUCGACCUGAAAGUUAACCAAUCGCAUGGACCUUGGUGACGACGAUGGACGCUGACGCCCAGGCGCCGGAGGCACCGUCGUCGCCGCCGCCGCCCCGGUCCGCCCGGUCGAGGCCGUCGAGCUGGAGCAGCAGCGGCAGCUCCGAGUACACGAGCCUCCGGGACGUGCUCUCGGAGCUGGGCAACGGCGGCGGCGGCGGCAGCUCCUCCGACCUCCACGACUUCGACACCUCCAACAUCCCCAUCCGCAACCAGCUGCUCAAGCACGCCGCGUCCGCCUACCUCCAGUCCGCCAUCGUCGUCACGCCGCGCGAAAGGGGCUGCCUGAGCAGGGCCUGGCGCCGCCGCUGCCGCAUCCUGCUCCGGCCGUGCCCCGAGUGCGAGUGCGACGUGGACGUCGACCCCGUCCGCCGCUGCGCCGCGGCGUUGGCCGGCUCGGUGCGCCGCGUCCUUGCCUCCCUCUGCGGCUGCGUCGCCUGCGUGUGGACGUAGCGCGCACAGAUGCACCGCUGCCCCACGGCGGCAUUGCACGAGACGAGCUGCCAUCGUGACAUCGUCGCUGGCGUUUGGCCAUGCAUGCAUGCAUGCAUGCUGAUGUUUUAAUUACUACGCUGAACAUGACUGCUUCGUGUAUGUGCACGUAGGCAUGAUUUUGCUCUUUGCAUUCUUAAUUAGAAUCGCGAUGGUGUCUGAUACUACGACCGUACAUAUCUAGA